UUCACUUUCAAAAGUUUAAAAAGGUGGUAAGAGUGAUUAUUUAUGUGAAGAAAUUAUUGUUCUAAAAAUAUUUUAAGUGUGAUUUAUAUACAGUCCUGUGCAAAAAAAACCGGACAGCUAAUUUACCUUAUUUAAAUUUCUAUAGCAGUAUAAAGCUUCUUGGCGUGAAAUAGUUGAUACGUGGUAAGUGUUAAUAUCAAAAAUAUGCCAAGAUCGAAGCAAAUGGGAGCUGUCGUUAAGGGGCAAAUUAUUGCACUAUCACAGCAAAAAUUGUCCGUACGUCAAAUUGCUGCUAAAGUAGGCUUCAGUAAAUCAUCUGUUGCCGAUUUUUUUAAAGAAAUUUGCAGAAACGGCUUCAACGGAGCGAAAGCAAGGAUCUGGACGACGAAAAAUGACGUGCCUGCUGAAGACCGGAUGAUUAAGCGGAUGUGUAUCCAGGACCGUUUCAAAUCUUCGGCAGACAUCAGGAAGGAGUUCUUGGAUGCAACUGGCGUCGAAAUAGAUUCAUCUACUGUGCGUAGGAGAUUGAUAAAUGCCGGUUUUGUAGGAAGACAUCCCGCAAAAAAGCCGUUUUUGAACGAAAAAAUGCGUCAAAAACGAUACCGAUGGGCCAAAACUCAUGAAAACUGGACUGUCGAGCACUGGAAGAAUGUGAUUUUUUCGGAUGAAUCCAAGUUUAACCUCUUUGGAUCGGAUGGUAUCCACCAUGUGAGGCGCAGAUCUGGCGAAAGAUAUAAAACUGGAUGCAUACUGCCUACUGUAAGACAGUCAGUUGGUAGAAUGGUAUGGGUCUGCCUCAGCUAUGACGGAACGAAAACACUGACUCUUAUUGAUGGUCGGGUGAAUGGAGAUGCAUACAUUUCAAUUUUAAAUAGGCAUUUAAUACCUGUCAUUGAGGAGCAGUAUUCUCUAAGAACGGACGUUAUAUUUCAGGAUGGUUCUGCGCCAUGCCACCGAUCUCACAAAGUAAAAGAAUUUAUGGAAAAAAACGGAAUUGUCCAAUAGGAAUGGCCGGGUAACAGUCCCGACCUAAACCCAAUUGAGAACCUCUGGGCCAUUGUAAAGAAGCAGGCAGCUGAAAAAAAGCCGAAGAACAAAACUGACCUGGAUAACGUUAUAAUGGACACUUGGCACAACGAUAUUUCGGAGGGAUUGUUGCAAACCCUAGUUACAUCAAUGCCGAGACGUAUUAAAGCGGUAAUUAAGGUGAAAAGCGGUGCGACCAAGUAUUAAAACUUCAAAUUAUAACAUUUAUAAUGAAAUAAUUAAUUUUGUUUUGAAUUAAUUAGCUGUAAGAUUAUA